AAAAUCGGCCAUUGGUGUAGUAGCUUUCAACGUGAACAGUUCCAAAGAAGUUUUAUUUCUAACAACGAGAAUGCCAAAGUGGUGGUAUCAGUUAGAUCGUGCCUUAAUGGGAUAUUUUACAGUAGAAUUUAUUGUGCGAUUCAUAGCCUGUCCAUCAAAACAGACAUUCGCCAAAUGUUGGUUAAAUAUUUUGGAUUUUGUUUUAAAUAUGUCAAUGUGGACUAGGUUUGGUAUAGAACAACUAAAUCAUGAAAAAAUGUUAACGACAUCUAAUAGCGUGAUAAUUUGGGUUUGGGGCUUAUCCUAUUGUAUGGUUUCGUUGAGAAUUCUUCGAUUCCUGCGUGUAAAUAGGCAGUAUUUUGAGCUACGCGUCCUCUUGCUGACCUUGAAACAAAGUAGCAAAGAGCUUUUGCUUUUAUUUGUAAGCUUCAUACUUUUGGCUGCACUGUUCGCAAAUUUUAUAUUUUAUGCGGAGUACGAAGACCCAACAGCGUUUCCAUCAACGUUUUCCGGUCUAUGGUGGUCUGUUGUUACCAUGACAACAGUUGGAUACGGUGACACUGUUCCAAAAUCAAUACUUGGAAAAGUAAUAGGAGGCGCAUGUGCUAUGUGUGGUCUUCUAGUAAUUGCAAUGCCAAUUACAAUUGUUGCUUCUAAAUUUAAUGAUAACUAUCGCAAAAUGAAAGAUAUUGUUAAAUUCAAACUAAAAAUCAGUGUGAAAAAGAUCGCAAACAUAAGAUCCUGUAUAAGAAAAUAACUUUCAAAUUGGUUUGCAGGAAAAGUCACUACUAGUAAUUGAAAUGGAAAUUUGCAACCGUCAAAGCCCAUUUGACUAUGACAACACUGCCAAGUUCAAAGUUCAAACAUAU